CAUUUGAUAGAAAAGCCCAUUGGUACUUUGUUGCCGAUUCUCAUGUUAUGCCUCACUGGCAGUGAGAUGAGAUCAUGAUUCAUUUCCUGCAAUGCAACCAACGUUGGCUAAUGUCCCGGUUUUUCCUCAAUUGUCGUCGUUAUUUCACUUUUGUCACAGCUAAUACUACCCAACCCUCUAUUACUUCUGGAAACGACCCAGUAACAGUGAUUACUACGCUGCUGUCUAAUAGUACUCGUAUACACGAAUUGAACCAAGUUUAUGCACACCUUCUCAGAACGCGCUUUCUUGAAUCCAAUCCCGCUUCUUUUAACUGGAACAAUAUCAUAAGAGCUUACACUAGGCUAGAAGCACCUCUAAACGCGCUUCGUGUCCAUGUUUUGAUGUUAAGGGCCGGGGUUUUACCCGACCAUUAUACUCUUCCAAUUGUUCUCAAGGCUUUGUGUCAAUCUUUUGCCAUUGAGCUUGGAAAACAGGUUCAUUCCUUUGGUAUAAAGCUUGGACUUCAAUCUAAUGAGUAUUGUGAAACUGGGUUUAUUAACUUGUACUGUAAAGCUGGCGAAUUUUAUAGUGCACGUAAGGUGUUCGACGAAAAUCCUGACCCAAAGCUUGGUUCUUGGAAUACUAUAAUAGCUGGGUUUUCCCAAGCUGGACUUGCCGUGGAUGCUAUCUAUGUGUUUGUCGAUAUGAGGAGGCAGGGAUUUGAACCGAAUGGAAUCACUAUGGUUAGUGUCAUGUCUGCUUGUGGAAGCAUUGGUGACUUGUACCUGGCUCUCCAAUUGCAUAAAUGUGUUUUUCAGGCUGAAGCUACUGAGAAGACUGAUAUUUUGAUGUCGAAUUCACUGAUUGACAUGUAUGGAAAGUGUGGGAGGAUGGACUUGGCUUACAAAGUUUUUGCGACGAUGGAGGAUCGGAAUGUGUCGUCGUGGACAUCCAUGAUUGUGGGUUAUGCAAUGCAUGGACUUGUGAAGGAAGCGCUUGAUUGUUUUCGGUGUAUGAGGGAGUCGGCAGUGAAGCCUAAUUUUGUGACUUUUGUUGGAGUGCUUAGUGCUUGUGUGCACGGAGGGACUGUUCAAGAAGGAAGAUUUUACUUUGAUAUGAUGACGAAUGUUUAUGGCAUAACACCCCAGUUGCAACAUUAUGGAUGUAUGGUAGAUUUGCUAGGUCGAGCAGGACUGCUUGACGAUGCCAGGAGAAUGGUAGAGGAGAUGCCUGUGAAGCCAAACUCAGUAGUAUGGGGGUGUUUGAUGGGUGCGUGUGAGAAAUAUGGGAAUGUGGAUAUGGCAGAGUGGGUAGCUGAACAUUUGCUAGCAUUGGAACCUUGGACUGACGGUGCUUAUGUGGUAUUAUCAAAUAUCUAUGCCAAUAAAGGUUUGUGGAAGGAGGUGGAGAGAAUAAGAUCCCUCAUGAAAGAAGGAAGACUUGCUAAGGUUCCUGCCUAUAGCCUCACAACAAGUUCAGAUUGAAGAUUCAACAAUUAUUCAUGUCAGCAUUGGGGAUUUUACAAUCAAUUGUAGUUUAUGCAUGUAUCAAUCUUGACUUGCAAUUUUGCUUUUCAGCUAUGUAUACUCCAUUAAAUAUUUCCAAAAUUGAUAUUUUUUGUGUUUGGGGAUGGGAGAAGAGUUGAAUACUGAAGUUAGGUAUGAGUAGUUUAUUAGAAAGUAGGGGAAUUUGAUUUGUACAUUUGCUACUGUAACUAUAGAAUAAGCAUGCCUUUAACUUUUAUGAUUUUGUAAGGUAAGAUUUAAAUCUAAUGACCAAGGAUUAUCAUGCUUUGCUUGUUUUGCACAUUCAACCAUUAAUUCAACGAUAUAUGGCAUUCACACUUAUGAUGUCAGGAAA